ACUUCUGUGGAGGUUUUCCCAAUAUUCUAUAAAAGACGACAUAUCUCAGGCGAUACCAACAGUUUUCUUCAUAUUUCGUUACAAUCCAGUUUGUGAAUAUGAAACUAUUUAUUCUGAUGGCUUUAUGUCUUAUUUCUCUCGCUGUGCCUUCGAUGGCUGACCCGUGGUAUGGCAAGGGGAAAGGAAGCGGGGGACACGGUGGACACGGAGGAGGUGGACAUGGAGGAGGUGGACAUGGUGGAGGAGGAGGAGGGGGAAGGGGAGGAUUUGGAGGAUUUACGAUUGGAGCGCCAUCCAUUGUGUUGGAAUUUGGUUGAUGCGAAUGACAUAGCGAAUGAUCCUAUUGACAUAUAUCUAAAAUGAUCGCAAUUAUUUUUACUACGAAUGAUGCAACAUUUUGUUAUGAUACGUAAUGCUGGGCUAAUCAACACAAUAUCGCAUUUGCUUUGUCCAGAAAUUUCCUAGACACAGAAGUUUCUUGUUAAUUUUUCUUUAUUUACAAUUUUAAAAUGCACAUUAAUAAAUUAUCCUUAGUAGUAGGUGAGACGUUAUCCAAACAGGUAGUAGAUAUCUUA